CUUUCAAAAAAAGUGGAAUUUAUAAAUUAGAUUUUAGAUCUCAGUACAAUUUUUAUUUUUUUUGGUGUUAAUUGCUAUUUAUUUGUUUAUUUGUAGAUCAUUACUUGAUAUACGAAUAUCUAUAAGUUGUUGUUGACCUCAGAGUUAACUAAUUUUCAAACGUUUUACAUAGAACUUUAAUUUAUACACAAAGAAUUUUUAUAUAGACGUAGAGCAUUUAUACCAUCUUAUCGUAGGCAAUAAAACUUCUGAUAAUUACUUAUGGAUUGUCUUAGUCAGCUUAACACGAUUAGGCGUCUAAUCUCUGCGACACAAAAAUUAUUUAAUCAAUAAAGUCAAAUUCUCGCACAAACGAAAAAAAUCAACGAACAAAAAUGGAUAUAAACGCGAAUGAAGAUUCGAGUCAAAUUGACUACGCAAAUGUGCCCAUAGACGCUUUGCGUCAAACAUCAUGUACCAUACUAUCUAGAUCACUCAAUCCAAAGAAGUUGUUCCUAUCGGAGGAAGGUUACUGCAGGGAUUGGAGGGGAAUUGCGUUUCUGGCUGGCCUCUGUAGUUUGUAUGACUCGUACAUGUCGACCGAGAAAGAUCCCAUGGCCAAAGUGCUUUUACUUUGGCGAAAGGAGGGCGACAGCAAAACUGCAAACUUUGAAAAUCUAUUGAAAUUCUUAGGUGUUAUCGACAGGUGGGAUGUUGCGGACGAUUUGACUGAGAGUUUGGCUGAAGACGCUAAGGCGUUUAAAUCAAAGAAAUAUCAGGAACAGUUAAUUAUUGCCAGGAAGGAAGCAUCAACAGCUUGCAGUGACUUCAACAACGACAUUUGUGGAAAUUUCAAUCCAGACGCAGACAUUCUCACCUCCGAAGAUGUUCAGAAUGCCCAAAUAGGUCUGCCACCACAAAAGUACGAUGCUUUCGUUCUGUUUGCAGAUGAAGACUACGAGUUUGCAACGGAACUCAUUUCGCGUUUGGAAGAGGAUACACCAAAGUUUGGAUUUAAGAUCUGCGUUAAAGACCGUGAUCUUAUCGGAGGCAUUCCAAUCGAACAUGAAGCAAUAAUGCGUAUUAUAAGUGAACGCUGUGAUCGGCUAAUUGUGAUAGUUUCUUCUGCUUUUCUAAAGAGUCCAGCUAACACAUUUUUUGUAAAUUUUGCUGCUGCUCUUCAAAUAGAACAACGCCGUCGAAAAAUCAUUUCAUGCCUCUAUGAGGAUUGUGAAUUGCCAGCGACUUUGAGAUUCUACUUUAACCUAAAGUAUUUUAAAACUGGAAGACUCUUCAAUUUCUGGGAUAAACUUAGUGAUUCCAUAAGAACUCCACAAUUUUAUGGCGACAUGAAUGCUGUCCGGUCAAAUGUUCUGCCUAGUAUUCACAUCGAAGAAGUUAAAGAGGAACGAACACAAAAAGACACAACCACAAGUAUUCCCGUUAAAAUACCUCGAAAAAAGGCAAUCAAAGUACCUGAACCAAUUAAUAUCAACGCACCAGAGCCUCCGCUACGUAAAGCAUUGUCAAUGAAGCAAUUGGCUUCAAGCGAAGUCAAUAAUAGUUAUCGCAGUGAAUGUGAUUUGUCAUCGGUGGGAAGCAGUGGAAGUAAAAAACCCAAAUGGUGGAAAUGGUUUCCAUUGAAAAAUGCUUCCUCAAAAACCGAUUUGCCAGCGUCGAUGUCAUUUGAAUCUGUUGCAAAGCCAAAACAAAAGAAAAACUGGCUUAAGAAGAGAUUAACAUCUACUCCUGCUUAGGUGCUUCUAUAACUUACACUCUAUACAUUCCAAUUCAAUUCUAUUUUCGUUGUUUUUCUUUUUUACUUAUUUUAACCAAUAAUUUGCUUCUAAAGCAACCCAAAUGGCAACUUUGAAAAAACAUGAGCUACGCUAAUUUGCCUUACAAAAAAAAUAUUACUAAGAUUAUAAUUGUUGUUGACCACUUCUUGUAUUUUUCAUAAAAUUUAUUAAAGAUAUAUUUUUUUAAAAUAAAUAAAAUAUUCAGCUUAAUAGAAGAGCGGUGCCGUUAAGAAAU